CGAAAAUCAGAUGAGUGAAGACUGGUGAUAAUAACUCCACUUCUCGCCGUCAUCGGGACACACAGCCUUGGCGAAAGCUAAGUGCUCGCCUCUUAAGGUCCCCUGCACUGCCCUGUCUUUGAUCUACGCCGGAGAGGAGGAGGCUAACAUGGCAGCCAAAGCAGGAGACAACCCUGAGAGCCUCAUGACUCUGGCCACGGUCUUCUGCCUGAGGAACCUCAGGAAGACCAUGUGCUACCAGGGGUUCAGGAACAAGGUCUGCCUGCGCUCAGACAUCUUCCUUCCCAGCGAAAUCUGCGACAAGCUGGUCAACACAUAUAUGGAGUUGGUCCACACAGACAGUAACUUUGAACCAGAGGAGAACUUCUUCCAGCUGUUCUCAGACCCUCGAAGCACCAGACUGACCAGGGUACAGCUGAGAGAAGACUUUGUACAUGACAGAGAUCUGGAGGCAAUUAGAAAACAGGACCUGAUUGAGCUCCACCUCACCUACUGCAACAACCUGUCGUCCCGCAGCCUGAAAACUCUCACCUGCUUCCGCGAGACCUUGGUGUCUCUUUGUCUUUUCGGCUGCAGCCACAUCUUCUACAGGAGGGGCGGCGCCCCGCUCGCCUGCAAUGAAGACACAGAGGACGAGGAGGACGAGAGCCCCGCCUCCAGGCAAGCGUUAGAGACAGACUUUAACUUCCAGGGGUUCAACCGCCUCAGACUGCUCAACCUGGGGGGCCUACCUGACGAAGUGGAUGCUGAGACCCUGCUCAAACCCCUGAAGUCACUCACCUCACUAGAUCUGUCUAAUGUAACGUUGGAGGGAACAGCUUUUCUCUGCCAGUGGAAAGACAGACUGGCCUCUCUGGUCCUCUACAACCUGGACCUGUCGGAGGAGUUGGUCAGUACAGUGGUGCAGCUUGUUAAUCUCAGGCAUCUGGACGUGUCGCGGGAGAGCAGGCGGACCCCUAAGUUUAAGAUGACCAGGAAGAUCCUGACGGUGGUCGUGCAGCGUCUGGUCAACUUGGUGUCACUGGACAUCUCAGGUCACAUGAUGCAGGACAACAGCACAGUUCCGCACUUUGAUGAAGCUAUGGGGCGACCCAGCAUUGAGCCGUGCAAGAGCAGCAUCUAUCCUUUCCAGGAACUGAAGAGGCCCCUGCAGUUCCUGGGCUUAUAUGACACCAGCCUCUGUAACGUGACACACAUCCCUGCUUACAAGGUGACUGGAUCAAAGAAUGAAGACCAGGUCCUGAAUGCUAUUGAAGCUUACACGGAGUUUCGCCCUGAACUGGCCCACAGAGCCAUCAAUCAGCUGUUUGACAUUGCCAGGAUACAACACUGCAGCCAGCUGCUCCGAGCUCUGCAGCUCGUCAUCGCAGCACUGAAGUGCCAUAAAUAUGAUAAGAGCAUCCAGGUGACCGGCAGCGCCGCUCUGUUCUACCUGACCAACACAGAGUACCGCAGUGACCAGAGUGUGCGGUUGCGCAGAGAGGUCAUUCAAGUGGUGCUGAAUGGGAUGGAGCAGUACCAGGAGGUCACUGUCCAGAGGAACUGCUGCCUGACUCUGUGUAACUUCAGUAUUCCAGAGGAGCUGGAGUUCCAGUACAGUCGGGUCAACCAGCUGCUACUGAAAAUCCUGGAGCCGGCCAGGCAGGACGAGUCCAUCCAGAGAAUUGCUGUUCACCUCUGUAACGCUUUGGUCUGUCAGGUGGACAACCAUCACAAGGAAGCUGUGGGAAAGAUGGGAUUUGUUAAGACAAUGUUGAAUUUAAUUCAGAAGAAGCUACAGGACAGAAUGUGUGACCAGGUGAUGGAGUUUUCCUGGAGCGCUCUGUGGAACAUCACUGAUGAGACACCUGACAACUGUCAGAUGUUUCUCAACUGCCGGGGGAUGAGUCUGUUUCUGGAAUGUCUACAGGAGUUUCCAGACAAGCAGGAGCUUCACCGCAACAUGCUGGGGCUUCUGGGAAAUGUUGCUGAAGUCAAAGCUCUGAGGCCACAGCUGCUCACCCCACAGUUCAUCACUGUGUUCAGUAACCUGCUGGACAGUAAGGCAGAUGGGAUCGAGGUGUCGUACAACGCCUGCGGCGUGCUGUCACACAUCAUGUUUGAUGGGCCGGAGGUUUGGUCUAUGGACGAGCCAAGAAGAGACACAGUGAUGGACAAGAUGUGGGACGCCAUCCAGAGCUGGGAUGUCAGCUCCCGCCGCAACAUCAACUACAGGUCGUUUGAGCCCAUCCUGAGACUGCUGCCUCAAGGCAUCUCUCCGGUCAGUCAGCACUGGGCCACAUGGGCUCUCUACAACCUGGUGUCAGUUUACCCGAGUAAAUACUGCCCCCUGCUGAUAAAAGAAGGAGGAAUAAGUCUCCUGGAGAAAGUUCUGGAACUGGACAGUUCACAGCCAGAAACCAAGGACAUGGCCAGGAAAGUGAUGGAGCAGUGUGAAAACUUCAAAGAAGACCCCAUGGAGACGAACCAUGGACAGGAGGUAAACUAUGGACAGAGAGGUUGACCCCACAGGAGCCAGAAUUCCCAGCAAACAUCCAGCAAACCAACCUUAAGGCCCCACCUACCGUCAUCACCACAAGGGUCAAUUGUGUGCAUUCUUCUUCUUCUUCUUCUUAUUUUGUAGAGCAGAGCUGAGUCUCUGACCCUGUUUGCAGCAGUUUGGACUGAACCUUAAUCUCUGACACAUAGGACUUGAGAUCUGGUGCAUGGAGUUUUGUUGUGAGGGUGAUUACCUUUGCUGCACACACACAUCUCUUCUGUUAGGACGGGGGUUAUGGGGGUGGGUGACUGUUAUCUCUCAGUGUGUGUGUGUGUGUGUGUGCGUGUGUGAGCGUGUGUGUGCGUGUGCGUGUGUGUGUGUGUCAAAGACUUAACAACAGAACAAAACAGUCGGAGUGAUGCUUGACUCAGUGGAGGGAAACUGAAGCCCUCGCGAGCUCUCCUCUGUAUAACUAUGUUUGAAUGAACGGCUGAAGGCUGCGUAGUGUCCUGCUCCGCCAUUAGAGCUCACAACUCUCACACUGCUCUCUCACACUCACUCAUGCUUGUGGGGGCCACUGAGCUGCCACAGAUGUACAGUGAAUAUUAGCCAUUAUGUGUGUGUAGGCUGCAGAGAAGCAUCACACUGAUGUUGGCGGGAGGGAAAACUUCCAGACCUUCAUGGCACAACGAUGGACUUGUUUGUUAAAUAUGUAAAUAUUCAGUUUGUCUCAUCCUUUUACCGUGUGUAUGUUUUAUAAUAUAACUGUAAACACUCAUGACUUUACUCUGUAUUUAAAUUUGUUUAGGUUUGACUGAUAUAUGGUCAGUGAUAAGAAACUAUACACAGAACACCCCCUCAUUCAGUCGUCAUGUAGAAAUCCUGGAUGCUCUUUAAAGGAACCUUUUAGGUGUAGUUCAACCUGACUCUUGUUUUUAAUUGUCUGGCAUUUUAGGCUGAUUCUUCUGGAAGCAGUGGUGAGCUUCAGCUGUGAGGGAGGUCACAACACACUAAGAUGACAAACUAUAUGGCCAAAAGUAUGUGGACACAGUGUGGCAGUUUUCCAUGUUUGAUUUUUGGAAGCACUUGACUGGCCUGCACAGCGCUCAGCACGACCUUAAUCCCAUCCAGCAGCUUUGGGAUGAACUGGACCGCUGACUGUGAGCCAGAUCAUUUAAUAUCAGUGCUGCACCUCACUGAUGUGUCCGAGUCCCUGCAGCCUGAAACCACAAGAGUGGAGGCUGUUCAAGCAGCGGUUUGGGUGUAAUGUUCAAAGAGUACUCCACAGAUUUAAUGUUACACUCCUGUAACAGUGUCACUAUUUAAAGGAGCUAUUUGAAGGUUUUGCUAUUGCUACAAUGCUAACUUUAUCGUUAAUAGAUGUUUACUUACCGGUCUUGACGAGAUCUUCAGACAUUGUUGUCUUUACAAUACAGGAGGUUACAAUACGUCCUCUGAGCAGCUACUUCUUCAGUACAGACUGAAGAAGAUCUGACCAGGCCGGGGCUAGCUGGUUAGCAUGCUAACUUCAGUAGAAGAAAAGAGGUGAUAGAAAUAGAGGCAA